CACACAAUAAAUUAAUUAAUUAUCCAAGACGGAUAGGAAGUUUCGUAGAAGCUAGAAUCUCUUUGCAACCUCAAUGAUUUUUCCGACAAUAUUAUUAUGCAAAAAGAAUUCAAAUAAUAAAAAAACUGUUUUGUAUGGAUUUCUUUCCAUAACCUGUUCUUGCUAAAACUCAUCGAAGAGACCUUUUUUUUUUGGGUGAUCUACGAGAUAUCUCUGCUCAGUAUUAAUCUGGGUUUUCCUGUUUAGUCGAUGGGACUCCGAAUUUGAAGUCUUUGAAAAAGAGAUCUUCAAUAGGAUUUGAAAGAGAUUGAUAACAACUGGAGAAUUGGAGGCUGAAACCUUGCAAUAUAGAGUAUUGGGUUUUGAAUAAAAUUCAAUUGUAAAGUUAGGAUUUGUGGGAUUGAAUUGACUUGGUAUAUUUAGUCCAUAUUUGAGAUUCAAGUAAGAGAAACUCAGAAUAAACUUAUAUGGAGUCAACUCAUGAAAGAGAGGCAGAGGAAAUGGACAGGGAGACAUCUGCAGAUACUCCUCUAAGAGAGCUCUACAGAACCAAUUUUUCUGGUACUGUGAGACAAAAAGCUUACAUUUUUGAUGGCUCAGGGAAUUUCUACAAUAAGGAAUGGGAUUUAGCUGAGGGUAGGGGCCAAGAGUUCUGUUGGUACCAUGUUGAAUUACCCAAAGGGAACCAGAAACUCUAUCAAUCUGCGCAAUACUUAAUCGGGGUUCUUUGCCCGCCAUUGAAGCUCCAAGACAUUCUUUCCCUCAUUAGCAAUGGACCCUUUUGCGGGCAUGUUGAUGGAGCCCUUGUGUUCAGGGUCAACUCACCUGGUCCAGCUUCUAGCGAUUUCACCUUUACGGUUGCCGCAAGAGUUACCGAGAAUUCGGUUAUUACCGUGUCGUUGGGUCGUGUUCCGAGAUUGGGUUUCUCUUCCCAGAUGGGUCAAUCUCUUCUCUCAGAGAUUCCUAGUGUAGAGAGCCCAACUUACUGUAGAGGUCAGCAUAAGGAAGGAGGGAGUGGGACAGUGAUUAGGGAGCACGUUUUGGAGUUCUUGUUGACGAUGAAUCAUUCCGAGGAGGCUGACAAUCCUGUGCCAAAGUCUGUCUCGAAUCUUGUGGUUCACAUUAUUGACACGCAUGUGGAUCAACUCCAAGAUAUGGUGACCAAACUAGAGAUGGAGUUGGAUGCUCUUGAGCUUGAGUUGGAUAAAGGUGGUUUUGCUUUAAAGAAACAGAUGCUAGAUGAUAGACAAUUCCCCAAAAUGCAUCUUAAUUUGCAGCGCCUCCUGCAGGUAAUUGCUCAUGGAGAGCAAGUAUUUCCCCGAGUCAAAGAAAAAUCCUCUUCAAAACGUUGGUUUGCCGGUGAAGACAUUGUUGCGCUUGAGGAGUUAAUUGGGCGGUUAAGGAGGUUAAAAGAGAAUGUAGGAUUUAUAGCCAAUCGUGUUACUGCACUCCAGGCUGGUCUAGAUAGCUGGCAGGCUGAGCAAAUUAACAGGAAGCUCUAUUAUCUUUCAUUUCUAUCUAUAAUAUUCCUCCCUUUAUCCGUCGUCACCGGAGUUUUUGGCAUGAAUGUCGGAGGAGUUCCAUGGACGGGACAGAAAGACCCGAAACUAAAAGACGGUUUUCUUAACGUCAUGUUGCUCUGUGUGGCUAUGCUAUUCUUGGUCCUUCUAUGCUUCAUUUUCCCCUUUCUUUAUUCCCGCAUAGCCGCGUGGCGGAGAAGUAGGUCUAUCAAAAGAAGCUGGUCUUUAAACAGGAAAUCAUUCCUGAGGAGAAACCGUGUUGGCCCAUCCCAGGAAAGAAGGGGUUAUCUUAGGAUUUGAGGGGCAGAUAAAAGGGUUCAUCCAAGAAGCUUUGUAAUAUUUUUCUGCAACAAGUUUGUUUAAUCUGGGCUUCCCUAUGGAUCCACACAAACGACACUUAUCAUCCUUGUGUUGAACUGUUGAUGGCAACUUUUACUCUGCCCUACAAACUGGAAUAUCAUGGAACACUCAUUCGCAUCUGUCUGGAUUUGACAAGGCAGUAGGAUUUUUGGUUCGAGGCGAGCCUAUUCUUUCACUGAUUUUGUUUCCUUAUUUUUGUUUCUUACAUUCAGCAAACUUGUAACUUGUACAGUGUUGUUUGAAUUUUUCAUUCUUUUCCCA